AUGUCUCUUCGUUCAAAACGAGUUGUUUUUGAGAAGGCUUUUGCCGAAUUUAGACAGGAUCUGGAAAUUAUGUUUAAUUUCACUGGAUUAGAUCAAGUUUCGGGAAUGAAAAUGUAUCAAUUGGUGUAUGACAUGUGUACUGCUGCGCCAAGGCCACACACCGAAAAAUUGUUUAAUGCUAUAGCUGGAUUUUUGAAUGAUUAUACAAUACAAAUAAGAGAGUCGAUUUUAAAUCACGAUGAUGUAGUUAGUGCUUAUGCUAGAGAAUGGAAUCAUUACAGUCUCGCAGCAAGAUUUUCUAGUAUGAUAUGCGAUUAUCUUAAUAAACUUUUGGUAAAUAACAAAUCACGAGCUAUAGCCGAUAGAAAAAUGACAGUACAAGGUGGUAAUUAUAGAAGACAGACCGUUCAAGCCUUGGCAUACCUUAUAUGGAAAAAACAGAUUGUUUAUACCAUCAAGGAAAACCAUUCUGAUCGAUUCAUGUAUCAGAUAUUUGAAAUGAUUCGAAAAGAUAGGGAUGGAGAAGAUACUAUACCAGAUGUUGUGUCAGAUGCAAUUAUAUCACUUGUUGAGCUUAAUAAUUUGACUGAGAAUCCUUUAAGUCUAUACAUUGAAGAAUUCGAGAAGCCAUAUUUGAAAAAUACGCGACGAUAUUAUGAAAGGGAAUCUGCCGCUGCUUCUCAAAGAUUAGACGAGGAAAAGGCACGAAACUCGAAAUAUUGUCACCAAUCAUCACAUGUUACUAUAAUCAAAGAAUGCGAAACGCAAUAUAUAGCUGCACAUCAAUCAAUAAUUCAGGGUGAAUUUGAGGCCAUGAUAUCAAAUGAGAGAUAUGAAGAUUGUACGAUGGCCUAUACACUUUUGUCUUGUAUUCCUGACGGUGUAAAUCCUUUAUUAGAAAUAUUUGAAAGAUAUAUUACAAAUAUCGGUAAAGGAUUGAUAGUUAGGAUGGGAAAUUCUAUUGCCAAGGACCCUAGAGAAUAUGUAGAAUCUCUUUUGGAUCAUCAUUCAAAAUAUUUGACAGUUUGUCAAAAAGUUUUUGUCAAUGGUGCAGCUUUUGUUGCUGCAGUUGAUAAGGCUCUUAGGGCAAUUGUUAAUAAUACAACUAUAAAUCCCGUUGCUCAUUCUCCCGAGGUUAUGGCCCGUUAUUGUGAUGUAUUAUUGAAAAAGACUCACAAAGGAGGAUGGAGCGAACACGAAGUUGAAGAUAAAUUAAAUCGAAUGAUUAUUCUCUUCAAGUAUAUUGAAGAUAAAGACGUUUAUCAAAAGUUCUAUUCUAGAAUGCUUGCGAAACGUCUUAUAUAUGGAAAUUCUGCGUCGGAAGAAGCGGAGUUGAAUAUGAUUUCCCGAUUAAAAAAUGCAUGCGGUGUUGAAUAUACUAGUAAAUUACAAAGGAUGUUUACUGAUAUCACGAUUAGCGCCGAUGUCAAUAAAGAUUUUUCCGAUUUUCUAAAAAAAAAUCCGAUGAAUAUUGGAGUUGACUUUUCUAUCUUGGUAUUAACUGCCGGUGCUUGGCCAUUAACACAAAUUUCAGCUACUGAAUUUCAAUUGCCAACAGAGCUUGGCGUUUUACUUUUGUAUAAUGGUGCUGAUAUGUUUACGUUUAAAGAAAUAAUAGAACAUACAGGGCUUAAUGAUCAAGAAUUGAGAAGGGUUAUGAAGCCAAUGAUAGAUUUGGCGGUAUUCAUAGUUUCCAAACCUGGUGGUACUCUUAACGAUGAAACUGAAAUAAGAUUAAACUUGGAAUUUUCAAAUAAACGAAAUAAAAUUAAGGUUAGCUCAUCAUUACAAGCUGAAACACCACAAGAAACUGACGCAACACGAAAAGCAGUUGAUGAUGAUCGAAAACUUUAUCUCCAGGCUGCUAUAGUGCGUGUUAUGAAAUCACGAAAAACUUUAACACAUGCACAAUUAAUAAAAGAAGUUAUUGAUCAAGCAAAAUCACGGUUUAUCCCCAACGUACCAAUGAUUAAAAAAUUACGGCUCGAGGGCCGCGAAAUACCUGUUGAUAUUGAUUAUUCACAAGGAACUUCUGUUCAAGCUGUGCUUGAAAGAGCAUGUAGAACUUUGGGUAUAUAUGAUUCAUGGAAUUAUGCUUUAUAUAGCGAAUUAUUUAAAACCUGGUUAUGCGAAUCACACUUAUUGUCAUCAUACCCGGCUGAAGAUACUUUGAUAGUUCGAAAAAAGACACCGGAAUACCUUGAACUUCGUUCGGUAUCAUCAAAUGGUUUAUCACCAAAUACCUCUGUACAAACAAUAAAACGACGGGGAGUUUUUAGUAGUACAAAGACGUGUUUGAAAACGCGUUUUCAACCAGAAACAAUUUAUUUAUCUGCUAUCUUAUUUACGAGUGAUAACAAAGUAUUGAUAACAUCAAGUGCAAAAAUGUUUCCUACUGUCGAAAUUAUAAAGGAUGGUAUAAUAUUUGGUAAUGUUGAAGAUGAUAGUGAAGAAUUCGCACAUGUUAUAAGAACUUCUCUGGAUUGGGCUACUUCAACUGAAUUUGAUAAUAAAGAAGAUAAUUCUAGUGAUACUGAUUCGUUACACUCUACUCAAUCAAAUUCAAAUAAUGGUGCUACAGGAGAUUCUGAUAAUAAUCAUUCUCAAUUUUAUGGUGAUCAAGACACUCAAUGGUCACGUGCUUUUGGUCAAGCCGCUUUAAGAUUAAAGAAUGAAUUAUCAUUGGAAUCAUUAGGAAUUUUAUACGAACAUGUUGUAUCUAUGAAUACUUCAAAAUCAAAGUUUAUCGUAACUCUUCAACAUGUACCGAAUUGUAUUAGAGAAGAAAUUGCUCCUGAUUUGAUAAAAUCUGGUACAUUAAAAUGGAAAAAUUUUGAAGAAUCAAAUUCUAUUUAUCAAAAAGAUCCACAUCCUGUUUGGUCCAAUUAUAUAGAUAAAUGGUGUUCACGUCAAACAAAAUUAUCCCCUGGACUUUAUUUAGGUGUUUUAUAUACCGAAAGUACUUUGCAAGGUAUUAAAAUAUUAGUACCAAAAGAUCGUAAACAAUUUAUUCCUUUAGGUAAAAUUCGUGACGAAGCUACAAUUACUCCUGAAGAGGCAAGCUGGGUUAAAUCUUUAACUUGUUUAAGUCAGGAUUGUUUUGUGGAUUCAGUAAUGUCUACUAAAUCUGAUAAGGACCAUAACAAGUCAACUUUAGGACAAUUUCAAACUUCUUUUUUAGAUUGUUAUUAUAAGUUACAACAUGAUACCAGCCUUAAUUGGGAAUCUAGUGAUAUUUAUAGUGAUCAAACUGUUGAUAUUUAUUUAGAUUUACAAACUAAUCAAAUGUACACGAUGAUGGGUGAAUUGGAUGAUAAUAUUAUUGAACAAUGUGGUAAUUUUUCUUCAUCUCCAACCGAAUUAUUUUUGGAUCCGAAUGAAAUACAAGGAGAGGAAGAGGAGGAAAAAGACAAACUAAAGGAAUUGCAAAAAUCUCAAAAAGAUGAAAAUUCUGAGGAAAAAAAACAAAUAUAUGAACCUCAAGGUUCUACGCAAGAUGAACAAGGAGAUUUUACCUUUAAUGUAAAUUUUGAUUCACCCGAUAAAGAAAAUUUUUUAAUUGCAGCGAGUGCGCCAGAAUCUGAAGAUGAAGAUGAUGAAGGUGGUUCAAUGGUGAAAACUUGUACUUCGACGGGUGCUGCAACUUCUAUCGCUGAAGAAGUUGCUUCACACAUGACUUCAUCGAUCACCUCCUUUAACACCGGAAAUACGAUUCGACCUUUCAUUCGUAUUAUUAUGAUAGUUAAACCUAUGCGUCAACCACAUCACAUUCGUGGUCCUUAUUAUUCUCGCUUAUGCAUGUUAUAUCCUUUUCCUUUAUAUGACGCUCUUCAGCACGCUACAUUUAAUACUUCAUUAUACGCUUGUUCUCGCCGUGCAAUGCAAAUUUUACAAGCCUCUCGAACCUAUUUCACUCAAGAGUUAGUUAGGCAUUUACAAAAAGUUGAUAAUUUCUCUGAAGUAAACGAACAAAACCUUGAAGAUUUCUUUUUUGACCCAGAUGAAUUCAACAAAUUUCCUGAUGAUGCACGUAGGGUUCAACAAGCUCUUGAUGUUAUUCGUGAUGAAAUUGUUACUUUAAGACAGCAAUGGAAUGCUGCUUCUUGGACAAUGACAGCAAUCGAAUGGGAUCGUCAAAGAACAAUGCAAGCGUAUAGUUUUGGCGGAAGACCAAUGACUCUUAAUGUUUCCAAAUCAGCAGGUCAAAGUCGUGCCGCUUCAGUUUAUAAUUUAAGUCUUUCCAACAAUAAUGAUGACGAUGGUCCCAACAGGAAAAGAUUAUCCACAACUUCAAGGGUUUCUACUUCCGAUACAGUUUCACAUAUAGAAAUUCUUCGAGAUGUUAUGUUUCAUGCUCCUGAUCGUGCUUGGAAUUAUAUCAAUUUAUUGGGAAUACCAACUCCUUCAUUUUCCUCAAUUAAUAAUUGUGAAGUGAUUAAUAAUAACAUGAAUAACAACAAUAUUAAGGAUAAGAAAAAGAAACAAAAUGAUAAACAACCUAUCAAAAUAUCUUCGAUACCUUCUCAAUCAUCUAAACCUCUUCCACCAGUAUUAGUCGCAUAUUUAGCUUCAUUACCUGUUAUUGCAACUCCAACAUUAAGACGAUCACCUUCGAUAUCUUCUACGAUUUCAACAAUUUCAUCUAAUGCUUCUUCAGGGGCUAUAAAUCCUCUUCCUGCAAGAAAGAAAUCGGCUGGACAUCGUCUCAUGAGAACUUUUGGUUUCGCCAAAAGGGCAAAUUCAAAGAAAUUAAAAGAUGUUCAAAUUGAUGAUCAAAGUAGUAUAAUUAAUUUUGAAAGUGAUGAUACAAUUACCAUCAUUGUUCCUCCUCGAUCACUAACUCCAAUAGCUUCAUCGUUUACUAUUGAACCUACUGAGCUUGAAGUUGAAACAAUGGAAAUUCAUCUUAAUGAUAAAUCGGAAGAACAUGAAUCAUCAACUAAUUCCCAACAAGAGGAUGUCGAAUUUUCAUCUGGAAUCGUUAUUAAAAAUUUCGAGGCAGAGGAUUUAGACGAGAAUGUUGUUGAUACCAAUGAACAUGAUGAUAGUAGUAGAUUUAUCACGGAAAAUGAGGACGAGGAAUUACCAUAUGAGAAUAAUAAAAAUAUUAUAAAAUCCAAAUCAAUACCAAAUCAUCAUGAUGAAACGGUUGAAAUUAUUGAAUUUGAAUUUAAAUCAAAAGACGAGAACGUUGUUGAUACCGAUGAACAUGAUAGUAGUAAAGUUAUCACGGAAAAUGAGGAUGUGGCGUUACCAUAUGAGAAUAAAACUAUCAUAGAAUCCAAAUCAAUACCAAAUCAUCAUGAUGAAACGGUUGAAAUUAUUGAAUUUGAAUUUAAAUCAAAAGACGAGAAUGUUGUUGAUACCAAUGAACAUGAUGAUAGUAGUAAAGUUAUCACGGAAAAUGAGGAUGUGGCGUUACCUUAUGAGAAUAAAACUAUUAUAGAAUCCAAUUCAAAACCAAAUCAUGAUGAUGAAACGGUUGAAAUUAUUGAAUUUGAAUCUAAAUCAACAUCACAAAUGGAAUCCUUUACAAUGCCUUAUAAUGACGAAAACGACGUUUUUGAUGCUGAUGUGAUUAACCGUAGUAAUAUUGAAAGUAGCAUUACUUUUACAAAUAAUACAUCUUUAGAACUCGCUACUGCUAAUGGAGGAGAGGUAGAGUCUCCGGCAGACGAAAGUUCCGAUAUAAUUCACAUAAAGAGUAAUAACGAGAGCGACGUUUAUGAUGCUGACGUGAUUAACCGUAGUAAUAUUGAAAGUGACAUUACGUUUACAAAUAAUACAACUUUAGAACUCGCUACUGCUAAUGGAAGAGAGGAAGAGUCUCAGGCAGACGAAAGUUCCGAUAUCAUUCACAAAAAGAAUAUAAUACAAACCAUUUUGGGUAGUAUUUCAGAAGUCAGUGAGGAAGUUAUUAAUGAGAAUAUCGUAAACGACAUGGUUCAUGAAAAUGAAAGCGAAGAUGAGUUCCUUAAACUAAUGGAAAUUUUUGAUAACAUUAAUAAUGAAGAAAGUGCUGUCGUGGAAAAAGGAGAUGAUACUGAUGCUGCUAUGAACGCUCGUCUUGACGCUAUGAUUGACGCAACCGAUGUUAAUACUGAAAAUGUAGAACCUUUGUACGCGUCAAACAAGUUGUUGGCAUCAUCACUUUCAAAUGCUUCAUUUCCUUUAUCAAGUCCUACUACUCCGCAUUUUCCUCCUCCUUUAUUCUUACGAUCAAUACCUCCGACACCAUACUUUUCAGAUGAAAUUUUACAUUCACCUGAAACUUCCAUACCUGAAACUCCCGAUUUCCCCCCUCCAGAAUUUUCUAAUGAAUUUUCGGCACCACCAACACCUCAACUCGUUCCCCAAACAUUAUCAGAAAUUGAUUCUGAUAGUCCUCUGUUAGCUCCCUUGUCCUCUCCAUCAUCCGAAACACCGUUACACGCGUCAAUUCCAUCAACGCCACAGUUCUCACCUUCAGCACAUCAUUCUAGACCAUCAACACCUCAAUUAAAUGCAUUAACUUUAUUUGAAGAAUUAAAACAUGCGACAUAUCAAUUAGUCGCUCAAACUAAAUCUCCUCCUAGUUCAUUAUAUGAGGAAUCAAUUCAUACAUCUCAUGUACAACGAACGAAGUCACCACCACCUUUUCAAUAUUCAAGGCCACCAACUCCACAAGUUUCUCCGCCAAUUUCUCCAUCAUCACUUCCUCCUCUUCCUUUAUCAACUCCAUCAACUCCACGAUCCGUUCUAUCUCCAUUUUCUGCUCAGGCAUCUUCAAAUACGACAUCAGCAGGUGAUUUUCCUGAGGCCACAAGUCAACCUUCAACUACAAAGUCGUCAUCCCCGUCUAUUUUUCCGAGAUCACGAACGACGACUCCGCCACCUGUAAAAAUUGCACUUUCUGACCAAGCGGUACCGACCACAUUAAAAUCACCUUUGACUUCACCAAUCCCAUCAUUGAUACCUAGACCUCCAAUUAAGGACGAAUUAAAGCCUGAAUUUGAUCAAUCAGAUUUUCAUCGUAAACCACGUUCUAGAGCUACAAGCUUUUCUGAAGGAAGUGACUUGGAGUUGAGGAAUAUACUACAUGCUAAUAAUCAUCCGCAACGAGCAGCUUCAGAACUUGGUUUUCAUGAUGUAGCUGAACUUAAUAAUAAUGUACGCGUUGAUUUCGAACAACAAAAGAUUAUAAAUGAUAACGAUGAGACUAAGAUUACUUCGAACAAUAACUCGGUUAAAGUAAACGGGUCUAAAACAUCUUUUAUAAAGUCACAAACUAAAAAUAAUAAAAAUUUAUUUAUUAUUAAAAAACUUAAACAAUUAGAGAUUAAUACGGAAUGA